UUAAUGUGUAAAUUUCAUUUUCAAUUCGUCUGUCAGGUCAGUUUAGAGUGAAGAGUAGAAUGUGAACGUAUACAUAGUUCGUGUUUAAAUAAUUUUUGUUUAGUGCGUUAUCAAUUAAGGUUAAAAAAUAAACGGGAUUAAAGUGGAGACAGUGGAAAUGGCAGAAAAGGAUCCAAAUAAUUUAGUUUAUUUUCGUUUUGUGCUGUGCAGAAAAUAUUUUUGAGGAGUUAUUAAUAAUAAACAAACCAAAAUGUCACAGUGCAAGAAGUUCGCCCCUAAUAUAUUCCAUAAGACAAAGUGCUCUAAUUGUUUCAAACAGAAGGAAGAACAUUCCGCAGAGGCAUUGGAAUGCAACCGGGCUAGUCGUUCCAUAGCCCGAAGCGGUUACCUGUUUGUCGCACCAGAUUGGGAUUUCUCGGUACCGCUCAACAGAACCAAGAGAUGGCAACGUCGAUGGUUUGUUCUAUACGACGACGGGGAAUUGAAUUAUUCUGUGGACGAACACCCUGAUACCGUCCCCCAAGGCUCUGUUGACAUGUGUAAAGUACUAGAAGUGACUGGUGCUGAACAGGUUACGGGCCAUCCUCACUCUCUUGCUCUUACGAGUCCCGACCGUGUGACUUUCGUUAAAGCGGCAAGUCGCGAAGAUGCCCGAUGGUGGGUAGAGUUGCUGGCGGUGUUUCCCCGUCGGCAUAAACGCAACGCGACGUUUCCAGGCGGUCGCGCAUCUCCUAGUCUUCCUCAACUGGGCAGAAGCGCUUCUCCGCAGCCACCUCGACCUCGCCAUCUAUCGGUGACGGGACCGAGUCCGCGUACUAACUUCGAAACACCACCUUUGAAGGAAGAGAGAGAGUCUCCUCCGAAAGAACAGGAUACUAAAGGACAAAUACCGCCACCUUCAAGUUGGACUCCUCCUGCAAGAACCAAUAGUCUUCCCAUCGAGGCUCCUAUCACUACAGCAGGAUAUUUACGACCUGAUUACAUAGUGAGUAGUGGUUCGCCACCGACUCGAGAUAAAUUACGGUGCGAGGAUAAAGCGAGGGCGCGAAAGGAUUGGAGGAACGAGAGGCUGCGGGAUAUAGCGACCGCACUCACCGAUCAGCACAGACCACUGCAAUCAGAAUCAUCCAGUCUGGCGUUGCCGGCCGAGGGUCUUCUUCACCUAAAAAAGGGUUGGUUAUGGCACAGACUUUCCGACUCCGAGUGGGUCCGUAGGUGGAUUGUUCUCUGCUGUCCGACACUUCAAAUAUACCAAGAUCAAGACGAACAAAGUACUCCAGAACUCACCAUCGAACUAUCUGCAGUAACGAAUUGUGUCGAGGUGACGACCAGUUCAAAAUACGGCUUUGAGAUUCAGUGGUCCGGUCCGGCUUUGGUGCUGAGCGCCGUUACGCACGGGAUAAGAUCCAACUGGCUGCAAGCGCUCAGAAAAGCUGCCAAUUUAAGUACGGAGGGAGUGGUUAUUGUGGAGAGCCCGAUAUCACCGACGACGCCGAGAUCACUACUUGCUUCUAGUGAUGAGGAGUAUAGGACUGCUUCAGAAGGAGGUCGAAGAGGCUCCGAGGACUGGAGUGAACUACCUCCUUCUCCUCCUUUGAAUCGGCUUUCGAUUAAUCGGGUAAAAGAUAGAGCUAGGCUGAGGCCGCGACUUCCAAGGUGCCAAUCGAGGUACUCCACCGUCGAUAGUACCUCAACCGAUGAACUAGAUUGUGCCAAAGAACCAGAUAAUGUACAGAUACAUAAUGCAUUUAACAGCAAACAGAACGACGAAAUGGUGGAACUUGAAAAGAAGUUGCAAAAGGCCGAGGAAGAGGUGCAGUUGUUAGAAGAAGAAAUUGCCAGGUUGAAGAAAUUGCAAUCGGAUGCAGCAAUUCGAGAGAAAAAAGCCAAGGAGAUGCUAUCAAACAUGGAAAAAACCGAAAUAGAAUUAAACCAAAGAAACUCACAAAUCGAAAUAAAUUUCUUGAAAGAGCAAAGAGUAUUACAAAGACGACUAUCUGAAACAGAAGAGACGGCAAAGAUGCACGAAGAAAAGUGUAAUCUACUUUCAAGAGAUUUACAAAAUAAACAACGCAUGAUAGUAAAUCUAAGGGACGAGUUGAUCACCUCAAACGAAAGGUUAAGUGAAGAAAAGGAAGAAAAUACGAAAUUAUUUUUGAGAAUCCAAGAACUAGAAGGCAGAUUUAAGUCAAAGAACUUUAAAACUGACUCUAUAUCGGAACUGACUAAUAUCAACUUAGACCUAGACAUAGACGAACUGAACCAAAACGAACUUAAAGAAUAUUGUCUCGAUUUGAAAAGUCGCUUCGAAAGGGCAAUAUUGGAAAUUCGGGCGAUGAAGAGAGCUUUGAGAGAAAGCGACGAGAACUGUGAUAGAUUAGAGGUGUCAAAUAAUCGAUUAAUGGAUUCGGUGGAAGUACAACAACAAGAGCACGAAGCUGAAGUCAAACUCUUGGUACAAAGGCUAGACCAUCUUACGACGAAGCUAGUAACUACGGAGAAACAGCUCAAAACUAAAUCGAAAACAGAGGCUAAAGAAAAAAGAAGGUCACUGUCACUUAAAGGUCGCGAAAGUUUUUCCAUUAACAAAGAAGUCGAAGAUAAAGUGACAGAAUUGGAAGCGAAAAUUUUAGCGCUGGAACGAGGAAAGACGCGUCGGAGGUACAAACGAGAUCGAAGCAACGAUCGAAGUUCACCGAUAGACGACAAAUCUCUAAGACGAUUAAGAAGAAAGAGCUUAGAUAGUGCUACCUCUUCAGAACCAAUGAAACUACUUAUGCGUUUAAGCUCAUUGGAAUCCAAAGUCACCAAUGUAGACGCUUCAAACGAGUCUUUAAAUACGCCACAGGGAAGUAUAUCGGAUCUGACCAAACCAAAAGAUGCAGUAAGCGAAAGCAAAAAUUUAGAUAUAGAUUUUUUACUCUCGACUGCAAAACUCAAAGUAAACGAAUGUUUAAACAGCAUAUAUAUGUUAAAGAGCAACAAGAAGAGAUCCUCGUCGCCUAGCUUAGAUAAACUUAUCUCAAUAGAGAACUGUUUAAAUGAGCUUCUUGAUAUUUUGAACAGGAGGGAUUGCUCUAUCAGUACCGGAGAAAUUGAGGUGAUCAAUACCUCUGCAGGAGCUGUGGUGAAGCAAUUGCAGAAUUUAUUACUAAGUAAAUUAACGAAUUUGGCAGAGAAGAAAAGACUGUUACAAGAGAACAAUAACUGGAACAGUAUUGCUCGACUACAAAUUCUAGCAGAAAAAGUAGCUUACGAGAAUAUAUUAAUUAGUAGAAUACAAGAAGCUCUCCUUUCACCAGUAACCGGAGAAGCAAUAUGUGAACGUCUUAUCAAUAAAGAAAUAAAAGAAACCGCCUACCUGAUUAUAGCUCUAGAGAAUAGAAUUAACGGCUCAAGUGAUAAGCAACCGACCUGUAAAACAAGUGCCGAAUACCUGUCAAAAAUAUUGGCGAAGUGUCUGGUUUCAGCUGCUCACGGAUUUAAAUCUUUUAAAAAUUUUAUAAAGACCAAAGGCUCAUCCAUUAACCUACUCUGUGAUGAAAAACGAAAUUUAGAUGCUCUUCUUAGUGCUUACAAAACCGAUAAGUUACCACAACUAGCAGAAACCUUAGCUGUAGAAACUAUCUGUUUAUCGUCGGAUCAGUCCUGUAGGAUAGAAUCCGUUACGGACGAGUUCAGCAAAACAGCCAGAGAUGUCGUUACCGCCGAACUUAUUCGUUCCGAAAUCCACCACGUACUCUUGAGAGCAGCACAGGUCUACCAAUCGAAUCUGGAUGCAGAUCAUGCGUUUUUCUUCAGCUUUUUCGCUUCUGAAAGAGCUGCAUUAGAAUUGUGGUCCGAUUCUGUUGGAGAUUGUUUAUUUGAAGAGGUUAACAAAAGCAUCACAGAGCUGACGGAGAUGUACCAGAAUAGUUUAAAUAAAUUGCUCAAGCAGAAUUGGAGGUGUAGGGUUGAAUCAGUACGAAAUACUCGAACUUCUACCACGAUGCUUCACGAUUAUGCCGAAAUUAUAGCUCACAAAUCACUCAUAGAUGCUAGAAUAGCAGUGCUCAGUGGUCAGUAUAUCCCUGAAGACUACAACGACUCGAGAAAUACCCUCGGUUGUUGGAUAGAAAACGAAAAAUAUUGGUCUCUCAUCGAAGACCAAUCCCUAGUACAGAUAAACCAAAGUUUAGAAGUCGAAUUCAAUUGUAUGGUAGACAAAUUUAGUCAAGAUUGUUAUGCUAUGUUAAGUCAACCGGAACUUGAGGAGAUUCUUGUUUAUUUAAAUGAGAUGUCUUCAAGAGUGACGGACCUACAGAAAUGUCUAGAUGUACCUGUUAACCGUGAAGAUGUUGCUUUAAGAACCUGGAGUGACGUCUGUCAGAUGUGCGUUAAUUUGAGAAAUAGUUUAGAAGAUAUUAGAAAAGCUAUGGAUGAAAACAGUUCAUUUAAAAAAUAUAACCUACUAGAAGAAGAAAGGCCAGUAUAUCUAAGAACUGAAUACUUGACUCAAGUAGAAAACCUGAGGACUGCGUACAGAAGAGCUUUAGCUACUUGUAAGGAUCGGCAUAAAGAAGAGGACAUGGAAAAAUUGCAACAAAUUUGUGAAAGGGUGCUGUCGGCCAUGGAACAGUGGCAUUUGAGGACAAUCCAUGAAUUGCGAGAGGCCCACGCUCAGGAAGUCGAUAUCCUUAAAGAGGAAAAGGAACAAGCUCUAGCUGAAGAAACUCAAGCAACGUUGGCAGCCUUAGAUGCCAUGAGGAAAGCUCACGUAGCUGAAGUCCAAAGAGAAGUUGCGAAAUUCAAACAAGAUUUCGUACGGCAACAACGAGAUAGUAUGUUCGAUUUAUCAGAACAAUUAUCUGUCAAGUCUCUAGAAGCGGCUGCUCUAGAAGAACAGUUGGGUACUGCGACAAGGCAAUUGGCGCAUGCUCAGCAACAUAUUUUAAAGCUCGAACGGAACCCCCAGAUUUCUUCUUUGCAGAACUGAUGGUGUGUAUCCGUAAAAACAAAUAAAUAUACUAGUCCUAACAAGCCUCAUAUACCAGUGUAGUUAGUACAAGUUUCACAGUUGUGUACAGAUAAUCGCACUCUUUAUUCAAUUUUAACCGUUGUUUUACCCCUUGAAUAUGUUUAUUUAUUAUUUUUACCUCAAAUACUGCUCUACUCCCAUAGUUGUACAAAAUAUUUUUUGCAUUAGUUAACAGUUUAUUGUUUAUAUGUGUUGGGUUUUACGGAAUGUUUAUAUCGAACAAAUAUAUAAAUUAUUAUUACUA